AUGUCCACCGCGAACGGAUGCCUCACCGAGCUCGAGGACGUGUCCGCGCGCGCGCGGGCGCUCGGUGCGUGCUCCGUCGUCGUCGCGACGCUGAUCGCGGUGCCGCAGAUGAUGAAGAUUCAUCGACGACGCUCGAGCCGAGGGGUGAGCUUCUGGACCCUGGGGCUGACGAACGUGGGGGGGUGCCUGUCGGUGUUGAACAUGUACGUCCUGCAUUACGAUCAGAUCCGACUCGCGGGGUCGCCGUUGGAUGAUUUCGGGCGAUGGAGGGACGCGCAGGCGAGCCUGGUGUUUUUGUGGGUGGAGUCGAUGAACGCGCUGUCGAUGCUGGCGGUGUGGCCGUUGGCGUACGCGCACGUCGAGGAGGUGGAGAGGGCGUUUGUGUUGAACGUUAAGGGCGUGAACGUGGAGUGGUCGAUGAAAAAGGCGUGCAGGUAUGGAUUGCUGGCGCAGUGCGUCGUCGUCGUCGGGUGUUGGGUCCCGGCGUUGGUGGCGCUCGGUAACGCGGGAGAGUGCGCUCCGAUGGCGUGGUACGGGAACUUGAUCGGUGCCGUCGUCGCUGUAUUGAUUUGUGUGCGGUUUUUGCCGCAGGUUGUGGAGUCUUCCACCAAUAAAGGGUCGCACUCGUUGUCGUACGUCACGUACGGGUGCGACAUCUUAGCGGGACUCGUCGCGUUGGCGCAAAAGCUCUUCGUCACGAAAGAGCGCGUCUCGACGUGGCUUCCGCCGUUGAUCUUGCACUCCAUGGAGGCGUACGUGUUGGUGAUCAACUACGUGAACGAUCGAAAAAGGCUGGGAGAGGGAAUGGAGCGCCGCCGCCGCGACGCGACGCCGGACGCCGAGGCUGGCGUAGAAUACGGGAGCGACGAGGAGCGCGUGCAGAGCGAGAGAUUACUUCCAAGAUCGGUGCGGGCCGGGAGCGUCACGAUACAAACACCGGAACGCGACUCGGCGGAGCAGUCGUCUCCCGACGUGAAGACGUCCUGGUCGAGACUAGUCGACGUCUUCCUGUGA